AUAUCUAAAUAAGAUUACAUCUUUAUUGGAAUUGUACAUUGAUUGAUUACUUCCCUGACAUUCUGAACAUCUAACUUAAAACUGGAUUUUUUCAGAUAAAAGUGCAAUAAAAUGGCAGAUCUUCUUGGAUAUGUGUUAUUAAACAAGAGAAGAAGGCUUCAUUAGUCUUCUCACAAUAUCAACUUUAUUUCAUUUGUAAGUUUUAUCCUUGUACAAAUCUACAAAUAUAUUUGAAUUAUCUAUAAAGUUUUAUACCUGGAUGAGUGAAUGAAUGAUCCUGGAUCUCCGAGUCAAGUUGUUCUGUCUGGGCCUUUGCUGUAUCUUCUACAUCAUGGUAUCCUGCCUCCUUACUGUUACUAAGAUGGAUGCAAGACUACUGGAGCGAAGGCAAGAUCAGACUGAGUUCAUCCUGUCAAACCAUAGACAUCCAACUCAUUCACUUACAGAUAUCCUAGACAACAGUGAAACUAUGAGAAGAAGAAAAGCUCCCAAAAUAAACUGGUGCAAACCUUUAGGUUUAAAAACUUCUCCGGGUCCUCUUGUUGCUCUGGCUUCGUUUCCAGGUUCAGGAAACACGUGGCUUCGGUAUCUUAUACAGCAGGCCACAGGUAUUCUGACUGGAAGUGUGUACAGGGAUUAUGCACUGCUAAAAAAUGGAUUCCCGGCUGAAAGUAUAUCAAACGGAUCUGUGAUAGCUGUCAAAACCCAUGAGUAUGGUUCUCAAGCCCGGAAAGACUUUGAUAAAGCAAUUUUAUUGGUCCGAGAUCCAUUCUCUAGUGUUCUAGCAGAAUUCAACCGAAGAUGGGGCGGCCAUAUUGGACACGCUAACAACGCCAAGUUUAGGCGGGAAAAUGGAAAAGUUUGGCGGGAUUUUGUACUGACGAAGGGAGAAGCGUGGGAGACAAUGAACCUGGACUGGGCCUUGAACUUUAAAGGUCCCCGGCUUGUCGUCUUUUAUUGGCAGCUCUGUAAGAAUACAGAAGAGGAGUUGAAGCGGAUUUUAGAGUUUCUAGAAAUACAAAUUUCAGAUGAGACGCUUCAGUGUGUUAUGGAAAGCAAAGAGGGUAUCUAUAGGCGACCCAAGAAACCCCGGUCUCCAGAUUUGUUUGAUCCUGAUCUCACCAACUAUCUCAAGCUGAAACAAAAGAAGGUCUUUAGAACACUACGUAACCUGUCAUAGACAAUUAUAUUGAUCUUGCCUUUAGAUCAAUCUUUCAUAAUCUGGACCAUUCAUUGAUCUUUCAUAAUUUUUCUUGACCUUUCCUUGCUCUUUCAUUUUUCCUUUCCUUGAUCUUUUUUUUUGUCUCUCCUUGAUCUUUCCUUGAUCUUUCAAUGAUGAAGUUUUCUCUUAAAAUCUAUAUUUAAUUCUUCAUAAAACUUUCUGAGUUUCAAAAUAUUGAAGUGCAAAACAAAUAACAAACUAAAUUUUUCUAUUGCAAUUAUAAUAACUUGAUUGUGCAUGUGAACAAAAUUCCAAACAAAAAAAUUUAGAAAGAUUUAUCUAAUUAUAUGAAGAAAUUGUCAAAUUUUUGUUCAUUGACACAUUUUGGGAACAAUCAACAUUUAUUAAUUUUUCUUGAUUUGAAAAUUACCCCCAAAAUUACCGGAUUAGUAUCCUAGUAUCCUAGUACCCUAGUAUCCUAGUAUCCUAGUAUCCUAGUAUCCUAGUAUUCUAGUAUCCUAGUA